AUGGCCGAAGACCUCAAAGGUCCAGGCAAGAGACAUUUCCCAUCAACCUCCAGUGCGUUGCCACAAUUCGGGAAGAAGUCGUCAUGCAGACUGAGCUCGACUAAGCUCGACGUCUUCACCUUCACACAGAAGUGCCCUCUGUACGAGCACGGCCCGAAUAAAUUGAUCACGCGCUCUGCUUCUCAGGCCAAAUCGUUGGCAGUCCUCGAGUUCCUCACGACGCUUGUCGUCCUCGCCGCCGCACAGCUUGCUGCGACGCAAGGGCCGCAGCCAGGCCGGAUCAAGAAUCUCGUGACAUUCGGCGACUCCUACACCGAUGUCGUCAGUCCAUAG